UUUACCCUUAUAUAUAGUCCGUAAACUGUGUGUACAUAAAUUUAAGUUUGUCCAUACAAAAUAUAAAAGUGGCUAAAUGGAGAACAAUUGUUGGCAACAGAGAUGGAGUUUGAAGGGUAAAACUGCUCUGGUGACUGGUGGAUCUCGAGGCCUGGGGCAUGCCAUAGUGGAAGAACUAGCAAGCUUUGGAGCCAUAGUUCACACGUGCUGUCUCGACCAAACUGAGUUGGAUCAAAGUUUGGAAGAAUGGAAAAGAAAGGGUUUCCAAGUGACUGGCUCUGUGUGUGAUGUCUUGUUCAAGGAUCAAAGGGAUAAGCUUAUGCAGACAGUGUCAUCACUUUUUCAAGGGAAACUUAAUAUUCUUGUAAAUGCAGUUGGGAAACCACCAGAACCAAAAGUUGCGACAGAGUUUAGUGGUGAAGAUAUUUCGAUGGCGAUGGGCAUUAAUUUUGAGUCUGCUUAUCAUCUUUCCCAACUCAGCCAUCCUCUCAUGAAGGCCGCCGGAAAUGGAAGCAUUGUGUUCAAUUCUUCGGUUGCAGGGAUUAUGGCUUUCCCAGGUGGUUCCAUUUAUUCAGCAGCCAAAGGAGCAAUAAAUCAAGUCACAAAGAACUUGGCUUGUGAGUGGGCAAAGGACAAUAUUCGUGUUAACACAGUUGCUCCGUGGAUUACCAUGACUUCCACCUUGAAGAAUUAUUUGGAGGGUUUUAAAUCGAAAGGUGAAUAUAAUGUAGAAAAAGGCAUAGCUGAAUUAAUUGAGAAAACUCCGCUGCGACGAAUGGGACUGCCUAAUGAAACAUCAUCGGUGGUGGCCUUUCUUUGUUUGCCUGCUGCUUCCUAUGUGACUGGUCAGCUUCUUUGCAUUGAUGGUGGAUUCACUGCCAGUGGCUUCCCCAUAUCUUCCCUCCUACCAACUAACUAAUAUAACUCAUAUCUAUAAAUAAUAAUUUAUAUAUAUUAACAAAGGAGAGGAUAUAUAUAAUUUCUUUUGAAAAACUGAGAUCUCAUUAUAAUAUAUAAGUUAAUUAAUUUGGUUCAUAAAGUAAUGUAUACAAUUACACAGAUGAUGUUGUGUAUUUGGAAACUGCUCUUAAAUUGUGCUUUUGUAUUUUAAAUAUAUGACUAUUUAUAUAAUAUGCAAUAAAUUUUAUAUA